AUGCCGGGCUUUCACGGUCCAAACGCCACCGGUGCGCCUCCGGACUCGGACUACGAGUGGAGAUAUGAGUACUACGACGACGAGCCCAUCUCAUUUGAUGGACUCCAGGCGCACCGAUACUCUAUAGUCAUCGGCUUCUGGGUUGGCCUGGCUGUCUUUGUCAUCUUUAUGUUUUUUGUCCUCACUCUUCUGACCAAGACUGGUGCUCCACAUCCUGACUGUGGAGAGCCUUGUGAGAAGCGAGCCCAUCCGAGCAGCUGCAUCGAUGCCCUCAGCCCUAACAACACAGCCCCCCCCAUCCACCCGCGCAGUCUGCACUCGUCCCACUCCCUCUUCCAAUGUUACAUGACUGAGGAGGACCAGGGGGGCUCCGGAGCCCCAUGGGCCAGAGAAGGUGGUGGCUGGGCCGGGGGCAGAGGGAGAUCAGGACGAGGAUGUGCACAGAGGAGUCCUGGAAGCCUGGGGGAGGAGGGGGAGGACGACGACACCGUCCUCAAAGAAGAGCCAGCAGCAACAGAGAGAGAGACCGUCCUCCUCACUCACUUCAGCAUUCCCAACUUUGUGAAUACAGAGCAAAGCUUGACGCUUGGAGAUGAGGACCUGCAGCUGGGGGAGUCAGAGCUGCCAAUCAUCCUGGAGGGGCGGGGUCAGACUGACAACAGCCAUCACUUGACUGAGUAG